AUGCAAUUUCAGAGCAAUCAGCAAACUAUUUUUGAUCAGUCAACCUUGGGUAUGCCAUACUCACUUUCAGAGCAGUCAACCUUAGGCAUACUGUACUCAAUUUCAGAGCAGUCAGCCUUAGGCAUACUGUACUCAAUUUCAGAGCAGUCAGCCUUAGAUAUAUCAUACUCAAUUUCAGAGCAGUCAACCUUAGAUAUAUCAUACUCAAUUUCAGAGCAGUUAACCUUAGGUAUGCCAUACUCGCGUUCAGAGAAGUCAGCCUUAGAUAUAUCAUACUCAAUUUCAGAUCAGUCAACCUUAGAUAUAUCAUACUCAAUUUCAGAACAGUCAACCUUAGGUAUAUCAUACUUAAUUUCAGAGCAGUCAACCUUAGAUAUAUCAUACUCAAUUUCAGAUCAGUCAACCUUAGAUAUAUCAUACUCAAUUUCAACAGCAACUAGUAUACCAUACUCAAUUUCAGAGCAGUCAACCUUAGGUAUACCAUACUCCAUUUCAGAGCAGUCAACCUUAGGUAUACCAUACUCAAUUUCAGAGCAGUCAGCCUUAGAUAUAUCAUACUCAAUUUCAGAGCAUUCAACCUGUGAUAUAUCAUACCCAAUUUCAGAGCAGUCAACCUUAGAUAUAUCAUACUCAAUUUCAGAGCAGUCUACCUGA